AGGGACUUCCGGGGCUUCGGCGAGGCGGGAGGUUCGGGAGAUUCUGAGUGAGGUGCGUGGCGGAGCUAGCGGGGGGGAAGAGAGAAAGAAAAGCGGCGAGCGCGCUCUUGAGCACGUGCAGAGUGCCGCUCCUCCGGCGUCCAGGAAUGAGGGUGACUCUGAGCGCGUGCAGAGUUCCUGUCCUUGGAACAAGCACAGGGAAGCGGCUCGCCGUAUUUGCUGGAUGCUGCGGCUGCGUCAGUUUGCUCGCCUGAGGCUACCGGACUGGCCACCGCCCUCAGCAUCGCAGGGCCAGGAAGAGGGGAGCCCGCGGGCGGGUCUUCGUAGGAAAGGGCGAUCUCCGCCCGAGAUUGGCACUGCUGGGGGUGGGGGACUGCCCCUUAGCUGCCUCUGGGCCGGGAGCCCCGCUGGAGUGAACGAAGGGGAAUCUGGGUCUUGCCUGUUCUCACCCUGCUUUCAAACCCCUGUUCUCCUUGUUGCAGAGGAACCGUGGGACGAUGGUGCAGCUGGUCGUGUCCCGGUGAGUCUGCACUGGCUUCUAGCGGUGUUGGUCAGGAAUGAUCUCUUUGCUACACUUCGUGACCUAUAAUAGCUCUUCCCUUCCUCGUCUUUUCCUUGCAGGGAUGGGGUUGGAGGUCUAGCGGAGUGGGUGCUGAUGGAGCUCCAAGGCGAGCUGGAAUCGCGAUCUGGGGCUGGCCUAGCAGGGAGGCUCUUGGGGGACCUGCAUUACACCAAAGAGGUGAGAGACUAGCCAGGUGCUUGCGGAUGUGGGGGGGGAGGAGUUCUUGGUUGAGGCUGGCUUCCUUCCAUACCACUCUCUCUGCAAGGCUUGAGUGCCCCCACUGUCUUAUCUCUCUCUCUCUCUAGGGAGUCCCUGUGCUCAUUGUGGGGCACCACAUCCUGUAUGGUAAAGUUGUGCGUCUAGAGAAGCCCUUUGCUGUCCUGACCAAGCAAGCGGUGGCUGGGGGUGAGUCGAGCUUGGGACCAGGCCACUACUCAGUCACCGCCCUCAUAAAGAAGAAGCUGCUCUUCAAAACCCGCCCCAAGCCCAUCAUCACCAAUGUGGCCAAGAAAGCGUGAGGAUGCUGCAGCCCACCUCCAAGCACACUGGUGCCUCCUUCGCAUGGAGGAAGGUCUGCCUACUUCCUUGCAGAGUGCCAGGAACUGUGCCAAAAGGGACAAAUCCUGUCUACUUAGCCAGCUUGUUGGAAUUCAGUGCCUUUUGUUCCAGGUUAUGCAAUCUGUUGUGUGAACCCAGCCCUUGGGAGAACUGCCUUAUCUCAAGAGGCCAGCCUCUGUGGGACUAAAGCCAGUGUCUGGGAGAAUCCAGCAUCCAUGCCCAGUGUGUUCAAAUGGCCAGUGCUUUCCCCAAGAACAGCUCAGCUGUGGGAUUCAACCCAGUGUCUUUGCUAAGGUGCUCAGCCCCUUGCCCCAAAAUCCAGAGACCACUGAACAAAUAAAAGUUACUGGGGCACCCGAGUAAUAUUAGCCAAUCUUCAUCCCAGGGAUGGAGGACUCUGCUCUGGGUUUCUGCUUAGAUCCUCUCCCAAGGGCUGGUGACCUCUACCAAUCUGAUGUCUUCUGGGCUAACACUCCCACCAGUUCCAGUCAGCACUGAUGACUCUCUACAGUUAUCUCCUGCAGAAGCUCAAGCCUUGUUAUGGUCCCUGCUGGUCACUUAGUUCUCCCUGGGUUCUUCAUUCCAUUCUUCAAGGAGCUCAGCACUCUUGGAGACCAUAGCAAUGUGCUUUUUGCCUCUUGGGUUCCCGGGGUGGGGAGCUCAGCUGUUGCUAAAGUGCCUUUUGAGAAAUGGGGUUCUCUUUUUCAGACACUAGGAGAUGAUUAGGUUCUGAUCUGCCUUUAUUUUCUGUCUCUAGGACAUUUUGGGGGAGGGGGUGACUAUUGAAAUCCAGUUCUUUGGGGAGGUCUUGUUGGCAAAUAGGAAAUCAGGCUGAAAUUUUCUGCAGAUUUCAGCUAGCUUAGACCUGGUUCUUUGCCCCUGCCAGUGUCUUCCUCCCACCCCACUCAAAUUGUGUGCACAUUGGUGAAGGGAGGGGAUGGGCAGGAAAAAGUCCCAAAUAUACUCUAGACCAUCUUGUUUGCAAGGUAUUUUUUAUUGUAACAAAUGCAUCAUAGUAAAAAAAACCAAACAACCUUUAUAAAAAAUAUGAAAAUGCAGGUAAAAAAUAAAUAAGUUUACAAAUAACUUU